GUUGCUAAUUUCAUUAUCUUUUUAUCCACUUUCAAAAAUCCCACUAUCCCCCAAAGUCUAUCUUCCCUUCCGCUCUUCCACCACCUCUAGUCGCUUUGACGGCAGAAGAGUCUUUAUCCUCGCACACGAGGCUGCAGUGGAAGAAGAAAGCGAGCUCAAAUGGCUUCAAUCGCUCAGCAAAUUGGAGUGCUAAAAUGCCCAUUGAUCUCGAGCUCAAAGAUUGGUGGAUCCUCCGAGAAAUUUGUUCACAGCCACUUCUACACAAAGCGCCUAAGAGGAACCUGCCAAGCGGCGGCGGUGUUGAGCAAAGCACAGACAAUUGAGAGACAUAAGCUUAAAGAGAUGUUUGAAGAAGCAUACGAGCGGUGCCGUACCACUCCCAUGAAAGGCGUCUCGUUCACUCUCGAAGACUUCAACUCUUCUCUUGAUAAGCACGAUUUCGAGUCCGAAAUCGGCAAUAAGGUAAAAGGCACAGUAUAUAGUGUAGAUUCACAUGGAGCUUUCGUUGAUAUCACUUCCAAGGCCUCAGCACUCUUGCCACUUAGGGAGGCAUCUAUUCACAAUAUUAAAAAAGCAGAAGAGGCUGGCAUUGUUCCAGGUCUACAGGAAGAAUUUGUGAUUAUUGGUGAAAAUAGCGCUGAUGAUAGUUUAAUAUUGAGCUUGCGUUCUAUCCAAUAUGACCUUGCCUGGGAACGAUGUAGGCAGCUUCAAGCUGAAGAUAUUACUGUCAAGGGAAAGGUCAUUGGUGCAAAUAGAGGUGGGGUCAUGGCAUUGGUUGAGGGACUUCGUGCAUUUGUUCCAUUUUCACAGAUCUCAACUAAAUCAACAGCAGAGGAGCUUUUGGAGAAGGAGCUUCCUCUAAAGUUUGUGGAAGUUGAUGAAGAGGAGUCUAGACUUAUUCUCAGUAACCGCAAGGCAAUGGCUGAUAGCCAGUCACAGUUGGGAAUUGGGUCAGUUGUGGUGGGGACAGUUCAGAGCUUGAAGCCAUAUGGUGCUUUCAUUGAUAUAGGAGGGAUUAAUGGACUUCUACAUGUUAGCCAGAUCAGUCAUGAUCGGGUCGCAGAUAUUGAAACGGUCCUUCAACCAGGGGACACUUUAAAGGUCAUGAUAUUGAGCCACGAUCGAGACAGAGGUCGUGUGAGUCUUUCUACAAAGAAGCUGGAGCCUACACCUGGUGACAUGAUUCGUAAUCCUACACUUGUCUUUGAGAAGGCUGAGGAGAUGGCACAAACAUUCAGGCAAAGAAUUGCUCAGGCAGAAGCAAUGGCUCGUGCAGAUAUGCUGAGGUUCCAACCCGAGAGUGGAUUGACUCUGAGCCCUGAUGGGAUUUUAGGUCCACUGAGUUCUGACUUGCCUGUAGAUGGAUUGGAUCUGAGCGACAUUCCACCUGCCGAAUUUGAUUUCAAUGAAGUCCCCCCCGCUGAAGAUUGAUUGUUGUGAACAUCUCAAUUGUUUUUGUCGUCAUUUUCCCCCAGAACUCUUUUGUGGACAGGUAGUGUAAGCAACACUUUGGAUGAAAAUGCCCUGUAUGAUAUAGUGAAAAUUACUGUUCAAAUUUGUACAAUUAUCUUAUAUCCAGGUUCUUUCCAUUAUUCUAUAUAUGUACAGUAUAUUGUUCUAAAUGGUUUUGGUUUCCCACUAUGUUUUAGUUUCCGAUUGUUUGGUAAACCGAAUCACAAUCAUGC